GCCAGAUGCAGAGAGCACUAGGAGCAUCUGAGCCCACUGGACGUCCUAUAGCAAAACCACAGCCAUCCCUAAGCAAGGUUUUUAAACCUCCUGGCGCAGAGCAAAAGGAUAUACCUACAUUAGUCCAGAAGGAGAAGUCUACAGAAUCUACUGCAGUCAAAAAAGAGGUCACACCACCUCCACAGAAAAAAGAGACCGCCAAAGCUGAGUCUCCAUUGCCAACUGCUGUCCAAAGGAUGGAUACAGCACAACAAGGUUCUAUGCAAAAGACACAGGUCCCUUCAGGUACUGAACAAGGACAAGGCAAGGGUGUUGCUGGCCAGCAACAGCCUGUUGGAAAAUCCCCACAGGUGCAGUCUUCUCAGACAACAAAGCCAGAAGUUAAGGCAGGCCUUGCAAAACAAGAAACUGGAAAACCACCACAACAGCCCUCGAAAUCUGCAACCCCUCCUUCCAAAUCUGUACCACCACCAGCUCAGGCUUCUAAACAGGAGUCGGGAGGCUUCUAUGGCUUUGGUGGUCCUAAAACACAACCUGCUGCAGCAAAGUCUGCUGAGUCAGUGACUGGGAAGAUGUUUGGUUUUGGUUCCUCUAUCUUCAGCUCUGCAUCUACAUUUAUUACCUCAGCUGUUCAAGAUGAACUUAAAACUACACCACCUACUCCACGUAAGAUGUCGGCUACACCCCAUGUCUCUCCUAAACCUACACCUCCAGUUUCUCCUAAGAUGUCUCCUGCAAAGGAGAACAAACCCCCUGCUGCCCAAAAAUCUGAGCCACCUCAACAGUCUAAGCCUGCUUCAUCAGCACAGGCCAAACUAGAGAAAACUCCAUCAGAGCCUCCAAAAUCUACAGAAGUGACCCAGGUUGCUCCUAAAGCAGGUCUGUCCACCUGUCCACUCUGUAAGGUCGAACUCAACAUGGGCUCCAAGGAUCCCAAUUACAACACCUGCACUGAAUGCAAGAACACUGUCUGCAAUCUUUGUGGAUUUAACCCCAUGCCUCAUACAGCAGUGAAGGAAUGGCUGUGUCUGAACUGCCAGACUCAAAGGGCUUUAUUGGGACAGUUGGGAGACUCAGGAAAAAUUCCCCAGCCUUCACCUGUAUCUGCCAAGCCAGAGACCCAGUCCAACCAGGCAACCCAAAAGGCAGAGCCCAAAACUGCCCCUACAAAGGCAGAGCUCAUCCCUAUGGCCACAGAAUCACAGCCCUCACCUGUCCCCAUCAAGGCAGUACCAACUGCAAAGGCAAAGAUGGAGCCUACAUCUGUCAAGAUGGGAACCACAGCCACAGCAGCUUCUGCACAAAUUGAGCUUGAGACCACACUCACACCCACAACAGCAAAGGUUUCACCUGUUACAGCAGAAAAACAGCCUUUGGAAGCAUCCACAGCUACUUCUGUUAUACCUGCCAUGGCCCCUGUGAAACAUACAGAAGUAACACAAAAGGUUGAAGUGCCAAAGGCAGAUAUUCCCAAGACUUUAAAAGUGGGAGGUAAAGAAGAGGCAGUGGAAUUGGAGUACAGUGUGUCAGAAUUCCCCAAAACUGAAGAGUCUAAACCUGACCUUUCAACAGUCAAAGUUGAAGCAGGUGUCAUAGCAUCCGCCUUCCCAGUGACUAAGUCUACAGUUUCACUCACCUCCCCUAUUGCUGCUGAGGUUGCUAUGGCUAAGGUUGUUCCAGAGACUGAAACACAGCCAGAAUGUCCUGUUUACGAGGAGAUUAUUAAGGAAGUACAGUCUGAUGAUCAUAUCAAACUUACAGAGCCAACACAAUCUUUACAGCAAGUUAAGGUGCAACCAAAGUCACAAGAACCACCGCUGGUAAUGGAAGUAGAGCCAGUCGUAGCAGCUGACAGCAAGGAGGUGGCUGAUGAGCAGGUUAAAAAGAUUAUGGAUGUCACUUCAACUACAGUGACACAACUAGUAUCUACAGAGAACAUCAUCAUAACACAGUAG